AUGGAAAUACAAUCCUGCAAUCCAGAUUUGAAAGAGACAAUCACACAUAGCACAUGUGAUCGGGGUUACGUGUCUUUACUGAGCUUUUAUUUAUUACUCAUUUACUCUCCUCUCUCACCGUCACCAUCUCAAAAGCUCUCAGCCCCUCAAUCUCCAUCUCCGGCAGCUUCCACACCAUUUUCCCUCCCUCUCUCUGCAACAAUGACGCUUUAUGAGGUUAAAAGUGGUGAAACAUUAGAGGUAAAUGUUGAUGAAGGCAAACUUGUGACGCUUAAAAAGGCUAAACUUGGAACUGAGACAGACGAGACUGUUUUUGUGAAAGUCAGUGUUGAUGGUGGUGUCACACAGCUUGUAGCUGCAAGGCUGAACCUUCCUAGCUGGCCCCACAAAGCAUUGGAUAUCAUCUUUGACAAAGACUUCCAAUUCUCUCACACUGGGAGUAAUACCAGUGUCAUGGCCAGCCUUGGGGACGGGCAAAAGUUUGGUGUUGUUGACCCCUUGACCAAUCUGCAUGUGUGCUCUGUGAUCACUGUAUGUAAAAGUGAUGACGAUUCAGAUGAUGAUGAUGAAGACAAAAAGACACUGGAGAAGGAAGAAGGAAAGGUGGAAGGUGCAAGUCCUGCUUGUUCUGGACGUGCACAUGUUUGUGAGUUCUGCAAGAGGGAAUUCCUUGACAAGUGA